AAAUUGUUACGCGAUUGUUGUUCCCACCAGCGCGAUGGCGAAUUAUCUAGCAAACGCGUUUAAACGGUUGUCCGUUUCCCAUAAUGCUGCCACCGUGGCCACCUUUCGCGUUCUUGCGGCAAAUCUUCACACAACAACCCCACUGGCAAAGAACUGGAACGGGCGCAACACUGGUCCACAACGAUGGAUGCAGUACAACAAGGUGAUAUACUCUCCCCAGGCGCCGGAAGAAGAGCCCCGGCCGGCAUAUGUUUGCCAUCAGAAGACCAACAUCAAGUACAGCCCGAAGAAAAUGUGGUACGUUGCAUCGUUUGUUCGUGGUAUGACCGUAGACGAGGCCGUUAAGCAGCUCUCGUUCGUCGACAAGCAAGGUGCCAGCUACGUGAAGGAGGCCAUCCUGGAGGCGGUUGAUAUGGCCGUAAGGAAGCAUAAUGUAGAGUUCCGCAGCAACCUGUGGGUUGCCGAGUCGUUCUGCGGUAAGGGUCGCGUGUUUAAAGGCAUGCGGCGGCAUGGAAGAGGUCGUACCGGUGAGGUAGAGUACAAACACUGCCAUUAUUUCGUCCGGCUGGAGGAAGGCGCGCCGCCACCGAACUACUAUCAAAUGCCACCCAAAACAGGCGAACAACAGCUAGACGAUUGGGUCGAUUCGAUGAGAAAAAGGAAAGUUACUAGUUCGUUGUAAAUUCCAAACAAACUCACGGUUCAAUAAAUGAUAGUUCUUAUUUAAUUCCAA